UGCUACUGUUACAGUCACCGAUUCGGGCAUCUCUUCUGUCGGCACAGCUGUUUCAAACAAAUAAACAAUAAUAAAAUAAACAAAUAGCGUUUGUUGCACUUACACACUGGGUCAGCGACACUUAAUAAACUGAAAUUAAGCCUAUGACGUCAGUAAAUAUUCGACUCAAAUGCCGUGUUUGCAUUUGUACCCUCGAUACAACUGUCGGCAGCUACGACAUGCGAAAAUUGCCCACACUGGCACACAAAUUCAUCACCUGCACAGAUUUGAACCCGUCUGCGGCAGGGGAAGAGGAGCCGUUGCCAAGUAAGCUAUGCCAGGCGUGCCAUGAUCAGUUGGAGCAGUUCUAUGCAUUCCGUGCCAAGUGCAUUGCAGCCGAUAGACAAUGGCGCGUUGAAAUUUUAGCAUCCUCUGAUGCUGAGAAUCCCAAAUGCAGCUUGGAUGCGGCAGCUAUAGAAGUCUCUGAGCUGGAGGCCUACACUGACAAGAAGCUGCGAAAGAGGCGAGGAGACAACCUCAGUAGAGAAGUGGAAUUGCAGCAAUUAGCAAAUGAAGAGACUGAAAUAGAAUUACCCGAAACAGAAGUUACAGUUUUGGACACAAUAGGGGAACAGAGUUUGCCAGCCAAGCCAGCUGCGCCCAGUUUUCAGUGCAACAUAUGCGACAUGCGCUUCUUGGUGGAACAUCGCCUGCAGGCGCACCAGCGGCAACAUGAAGGCCUCAUGCCUUACCCGUGUACUGAAGCCGGCUGUGAUCGAGCAUUUAAUCGUUUUCAUUGUCUAUCGGAGCACCUGAAGCAACACUCGGGCACCAGCAGCUGGUUUAGCUGUGAGCAGGAGGGUUGCCACAAGAUGUAUCGCCACAAGCCCACGCUUAUUAUGCACAUGCGCAGAUGCCACAAACUGGGCCCGGAGCUCAAGUCUCACGUGUGUGAGUUUUGUGGCAAGGUGUUUAACUCGACGGCAGUGCUCAAUGAUCACCGUUACACGCACAAAGACAAAUCGGAGUUGCCGCACGCGUGCCAAGAGCCGGACUGCUCACGGCGUUUCUCCAGCAGAGAAAAACUCAAGGUGCACAUGAUGCGGCAUGCGGGCAUCAAGAACUUUAGCUGUCCUUACUGCGGCAUGCGCAAGACAACACGGAACGAGCUGAAGAUACACAUGAACUAUCACACGCUAGAGCGCACCUGGCCCUGCCGCUUCUGCUCGAAGGUGUGCAACAGCUCCGGCAAUCUCAAGAUGCACGUGCGCACCGUUCACGAGCAUGCCAGAGAUUAUGCUUGCAGCUACUGCGAGCGCAGCUUUGCCAAGGCGGACACCCGCAAAUACCACGAGAUGACACACACUGGCGAAAAGCCGCACGAGUGCGAGGAAUGCGGCAAGCGCUUUACCCAGCCAGCGGCCUUACGCACGCAUCGCAAGAUCCAUGAGCGACAACGCAAGGACUCCAACUCGGCUGUGUAUACGCUAUUGAUGACUGUUCCGACUGACACAGCUGCUAUUAGCGUUGUGCAGUUGGAUGGCGGCAGUUAUUCCUGCAAUUCGGGCACCACAAAGGCGCUCAAGUCGGUGCCACCUAAGCCAAUCGUAGUUGUUGCACGUCUGGAUGCCUCUUUGAAUAUGAAGCCUAGAUUGGCAGCUGGAUUUUUCAGCGCACGCUGCAGUUCCUUCAAAUGGUUGCCGGCGUAUUGCACUCCGGAGAGGGCUACGAACAAGCGUAGCACCUCAUUGGUGCCCUCGAAUAUGCGGAAGAUGCGCAAAUCUCGCAUGAUACGCUCCAAGCCAGUCUCCUUCAUGAAUCCCAUGCCACCAAGAAUUUCUUUGAUGACUACUUUUACGAAGUGCCGUGUUUGCAUUUGUGAUCUCGAUGCAACUGUCGGCAGCUACGAUAUGCGUAAAUUGCCUCUAUUAGCACACAAGUUUGUCACUUGCACCGAUUUGUCCGUGUCUGAGGAGCAGCGAGUUCCCAGUGAGCUUUGCCAGGGGUGCUUUAACCUGUUGGAACAGUUAUAUGCAUUCCGUGCAAAGUGCAUUGCAGCUGAUACAAAAUGGCGCAUGCAAAUUUUGGCAUUUUGCGAUGAGGAGGAACCUAUUUACGACUUGGAGGCGGCACCACCGAGUACAGCUGCAGUCGAGGAGCUAAAAGAGAACGAUGAAAAGCAAAAUAGAAAAGGGCACAGAAGCAAAGCAAAAUGUGAAGAGCACCAAUUGGAUUCUGUACAAGUGGAAAUUGAAAUUCGUGACAUGGAACCACCUCCGCAGCCCUUGGAGGACGACGUAGAAUUGGAUGCCGUUACAAGCUCCUCGCCACAGCAUCCCAAAGGCGUCUUCAAAUGCGAUAUAUGCGCCGCGCAAUUCUUAAAUGAGAAGCGCCUGCUAGCGCAUAGUCGGCGACAUGGACAGAUGCCGUACCCAUGCCCCGAACCAGGCUGUGAUCGAGGCUACAGCCACAAGCAUACGUUAUCCCUGCAUAUGCGAAAGUGUCAUAAGCUUGGCAAGGAGCACAAGUCGCAUGUUUGCGAGUUCUGUGGCAAGCUCUUUGACACCAUGGCGCUGCUCAAAAACCAUCGUUUUACACACAAAGACAAGUUGGAGCAGCCAUUUGCAUGCGAGGAGCCGGACUGUGAGCGACGUUUCGCCACUAAGCAGCUAUUAAAAAUACAUAUGAUGCGCCAUGCGGGCAUCAAGAAUUACACAUGUUCAUACUGUGGCGUACAGAAGACGACACGGACCGAACUCAAGAUUCACCUGAACUAUCAUACGCUAGAGCGCACCUAUUGCUGCCGGCUCUGCUCUAAGGUGUGCUACAGCUCCAGUAAUCUAAAUAAACAUAUGCGCACCAUACACGAGCGUGCACGGAAUUAUGUCUGCCGCUAUUGCGAGCGCGCCUUCAUUCAGCCCGAGACACGUAACCAACAUGAGCUAAUCCACACGGGCGAGAAGCCACAUGGGUGCGUGGAAUGCGGCAGACAUUUUAGGCAAAAGGCAGCUCUUCGCGCUCACUAUAAAAUUCAUACCCGCCAGCUUAAGGAGUCGAACUCCGAAUUAGGAACUGAUACACAUGAGAUUGUAGGAGAUGAGGAUGGCAAUGAUAUGCCAGAAUGUGAAUAUGUUGAAUACGAUUGAAAGGUUCAUAGCAUUUCGAGUAACUUAGUGACUCUGGAUGAACAAAUUUGACGUUCAACAGGUUGAUCUAAAUGUGUACGUUUAUAAUUGGAGUAAACCAAUAUGCAGGUCUGUAUUUCCUUCACAUAUAUUCUUUUUAAACUCUUCUAAAGAAUAUUAUAAUUUUGUCAUGAAAGGACUUUAUAAUUGAAGGCGACUUACAAUAUAUAGUUCUAAAUGAGUAUCAAAAGCCGAGUGGAUAUAGCUAUGCCCGUCCGUCUGUCUAUUUCUAUGCAAACGAUUUUGUCCGGUUUAAUGCAAUUGUGUUGAAACGUUGCUUGUUGCCUGUUUUAACAAUUUCAACCUAGUCCAGAAAAUUCGAGUUUCAUUAUUCUCUUACCAUAUCUGCAAAACCGCAUACGAUCAGAUUACUGGGGAUCCUGUAGAAACAAUUCUAAUCCGUAUUUAAUAUUCGGUGUUUUGAAAAUAGCCUGUUUCCUAGUUAUAUACACAUAAUUAUUUUACUGCAAACUAUUAAUAGGAGGGAGACAGACAUUUAUAUAUACACAUCACCUAAUUAACAUAAGUGUAGAGAAAGCGCUUAAGUAAUGUCAGCAGAAAGAUAUAUGAAUACGAGAGUAAAUUCGUUUAUGAGCAGAGCUAGAAUUUGUUAGAUGGUUCGUAGAAGUUGUUAAUACAAUAUAUUUAAUCAAGGCACGAAAAGCUGUAAGGCUUACUUGAAUUCAUGAGAAUUGCAUAGAAGGGCAUUGAUGUAUAGCGGCAGGUAAAGUUGUCUUAUAUAUUUUUUUUCAUGCAUACAUUCAUCCGAUCAUAUAUUUAAUAUAUACACACAUACAAACAUUUACACAUAACCACAUACAUAUAUACAUAACUUCAUACAUAUAUACAUAACCACAAGCAUAUAAUAUACAUAACUACAUACAUACAUAACCACUUACAUAGAUACAUUCAUACAAAAAUACACAUACGUGUAAGAUUUUUCGAAUUGUUGGUAAACGAUAUACGACUAAUGCAUACCCUGUUCCUGUUACAAAUUGGUAUACAAAAAAGAUUUGUCUUAUGGUCCGUCUUAGCGUGCACUUGAGUUUAAUAACGUCGAUUCAGUUUUCGGGGUCUUACGGUUUGGGCUGUGAGUGAGUCCGACAAUCUAUCGUGGCAAUCAAUUGUAUAUAAUAACAGAUUUUAAUAUUAAGUUAUUAAGAUAUGUCAAACAUGUAAAAAGUGAUAAAUCGCUUGUGUUUAAAAAGGUAUUAAAAACUGAUUGUUAAAUAAAUAGCUUAUAUCGUAUUACUGGCAUGCGUGCAUAAUGUCCAACAAAUCGGGAUAUUACUACUUCCAGUAUUCGAUUUAUUGUAUCGGAAUAUAUGAGGAAACGCUCUGUGCCUAGGUUUGAGUUUUGCUAACAAACAUUCAGUAUUUAACAAUAAAUAUACACGUUAUUUACUCAUCGUCCUCUUCUCGCCAGAGAAAUUGAGCGAUAAUUUGGAAGAGUCUAGUGGUCAUCAGGGGGUAAUUUAAACGUCUUCAGUUGAGCGUUUUUUAGAGGUAAAUAAAACACAGAUCCAUUUUGGGAUUCAGAAUGUAAAUAGCAAUAGUUUUUAAUUAUAUUUUCAACUAAAACAAAAUGUACAAAAAUUAAAUUAAACAGCAUUGGCAGCUGCUGCUACUAAAUCUAAAA